UGUUCUUGUUGUUGUUUUUAAUAUUAGGUCUUAUUUAUGGAAGCAGUAAAGAAAGCGCCGAGCUAAAGACAGAGUUGCUAGUGUAGUCUGUCGAUGUCAGUCCGUGCAUGCAAUAAGCUGCAGAAAGUAGGUCAGGGACCUGUAAAGGUCAGGUUAUUCAUACGCGCCAAUCAAAUGUCUUCGUAUAAAUUAAGGUUUCGGCCUGACUGUGUAAUCUCUGAGAAAUAUCAGUCACAUGAUUCUCUUCUUUGGGAGGACGUUCUACUUUUCUUCUCAGACAACACAUCUUAGCAAAUUACUCUUGCUUUUUGUGAAAAAAAAAAUCAUCAGCAGUGUAGAAGAUGUCAGCGGUAGCAGACGACGCAGGAGAAAUCGACGUGGACAGUUUUGAUUAUGUCCACUUGGUAAUUCCUGAUGUGAACGGGCUGCCUCGAGGACAAGUCAUCCCCAGACGGUUUGUCCGCCAGAAGCUAGAAGCAGGUGUCGAGCUCCCCUACAAUGUAUUAAUGCUUGGGCCUAACUCGGAGUACAGCACAAAAAUAGAAGAGUACAGAACCCUUGAGAAUCGGAUGUGGAAGCCUGACCUUUCAUCUUUGAUAGCCACGCCAUGGUGCGACUCGGGUUCCCGACGCACAGCUUUCGUUCUUUGCGAUCUUCUGAAAAGGGACGGUACUCCUGAUGGGUUGUCCACCCGUGGCAUAGUGCAACAACUUCUUCGCGAGCUAAGGGACAAAUUCGGACUCACGAUUAAAGUUGCUUUCGAGUUUGAAUUCAUCGUCAUGAAAGAAGAUACUCUAGAACCUCUUGGAGGAGACAGCUUCCAAUUUGAGGAUAUUCGCAGAACAGAAGGUCAUCGUGAUCUUUUGUACGACCUGUGCGAGACGCUGGAGAAGGCUGGCCUGUACGUGACAUCUAUUACCUCUGAGUUUUUCGCCGGCCAAUGGGAGCUCAACUUCGACCCCAUAGAAGGCAUCAAAGCCGCCGACAUGGCGUUCCACGUGAAGAACGCCGUUAAGGGCUUCUUCAAGAGGCGCGGCUACACGGCCACCUUCAUGUCGGUGCCUGAUGGCAAGCUAGGGCGCAGCGGCCUUCACCUCAACCACUCUCUGUGGACGGCGGCCGGUCAGAACGCCAUGGUGGACGACCAGAGGAAGGACGCCAUCUCCGACCUCGCUCUACGUUGGAACGCCGGCAUCCUGAAGCACGCGCGGGCUCUGACAGCACUGUGUUGUCCCACCAUCAACUGUUACCGACGACUGAACCGAGUGACCUGCCCCUCCGAAACCACCUGGGCUGUGGAGCAUCGCACAGGUAUGACCCGCUUUAAGGUCAGCAACAACAACGUGUACCUGGAGAGUCGCCUGCCUUCCGGUGCAGCUAAUCCUUACCUGGCCAUCGCUGGUCACCUGGCAGCAGGAAUGGCAGGACUGGAGGCCGCGGAAAUCGAACUGCCACCGGAAAUGGAUGUCGAGCAUGCACAAAAGUUGCCGACGUCACUGGGAGAAGCCUUGGACUGCCUUGAGAAGGAUACAGUGAUGGUGGAAGCGUUGGGUCGACGGUUUGUGUCGCAUCUUCUGAUUGGAAAACGCGACCAUGAACUUCAUCAGUAUAGUCUUCUUUCCCCAGACACAGAGGAGGAGAAAAUUAAAUACGAGAGAAAGAAAUAUCUUGUUAGCCUGUAGGUAUUUGUCUUCUUCUCCAAAUUAAUAUUCUAGAAAUCUGCAAGCUCCAGGAAAAUCCAUGUAACACGUGACAGUGAACAAACGCAUAAUAGUGUGACAUUUGCUCUUUGAGCCAGAAUUUAUUGAUUGAAAGGAAGUGGUCCAAAGACCAAAGAUAAUGCUGACGCAGUUGGUUUAAUCGUUGGCAGCAGAUGGUUAAUUAAUAAUGUUUAUAGAAACUUAGAUUUAUCAGUCACGUGCAGGCUGAAAUGUGUUAGGUCAUACCUGGGUUAACACUAGGGGUGUAGUGUAGUUUGUUAGUGUUAGGAACGGUGUCUCUAAAGUACAGUCGCUCAGGACGCAUGCUAAUUGUUUCAACAACGAUUGCUUUUUUUGGAUGUCCACGUCAUAAUAUAUUCACUUUACUGGAGGUCGAGCAGGGGAAAGGCCCAGCAGCGAGUGAUUUUAACAAAACCUGUGACAUAACAGUGAGGGAGGAUGUGCUGCUGAGGGUGUUAUAGACGAAGAGAAAGCCGUCUGCUGCCAAUGAGAAAGAAAGAGGAUAUAUGUUAACUACGUUAAUCGUAUGCGUGCUCUUCGUUCGUUCGUUACAGUGCUAGCCUCGAGGCAAACCCCUGAAGUAAAUACCAGUGUAAGUUACCUGCAAUUAUUUCACCCUGACAAACACUAUAAAUUUUCAAAGAACUGAGCUUGAGCGUAUUAAAAUGUUAGUUUCUGUGA